CUUAGUUUUGGUCAAAAGAAAAAAAGCAGCAGAGUUCCCUGAAAAAAGCACCCAAAACUCAGGUUUUUGGGUGAUAAGUUGUAAUGGGGUUCAGAGAGGCGGCUUUGUUAGGGUUUGUGCUUCUCCUUUCAGGUGGAAAUCUUUUUGCUGCCACACAAAACUGGCCAAACUUCAGCACCAAUGAGAGAUCACCACAGACAACAGAUCAUCAGUCAAACCGAAAUGAGCACGACAAUCUGGUCCAUUCUCCUCUCACCCACCGUCUCAAGACCUACCAGCUUAGAAACCCAGUUGUCAGGAAACCAAAACCAGCCCGGCCUCUUUUGGAGCACACUUUUCAAAACCCGCAGACAUCUGAGGCCGUAAAGCUGACCUCAGAGCAGCUGGAGCCAGAGGUAAAUGUCCAAAAGUUGUUAAAAUUGGUCCAAGGCCCAGAUCUGAACCCACCUGUCAAGCCGGAAUCAAAGGUGCUGACGCUGGUGUUUGGGCAGCGGGUGCCUGUGCCAGCCAACAGCGUGGCAGCGCACUGUGAAGAAGGAGGGGUCACCAUUGAGGUCAAACAGAACUUCUUAGGAAACGGUCAGUUGAUCCACCCAAGUGAUCUGACCUUAGGGGGUUGUGCUGCACGAACCACCACUCUCCACGUUGUGCAGUUCCAGACGGAGUUACAGGGCUGCGGCAGCACAAUGGCGCUGACCGAAGAAGCCCUCAUCUACUACUUUUCUCUGACGUACUCCCCAACACCCAUUGGCAACACCUUUAUUUUAAAGACCAACCCUGCUGAGGUGGUAAUUGAAUGCCACUAUCUAAGGAGGCAUGAUGUGAGCAGCGGCGCUGUGAGGCCUACCUGGAAGCCGUCUGCCUUCGACAUGUUAGCGGAACAGCAGCUACGCUUCUCCCUGCGUCUCAUGACAGAGGACUGGCAGUCGCAGAGGCCUUCCAGUGUUUACUUCCUGAGUGACGUGAUGCACAUUGAAGCGGCGCUCCUCCAGGGUCACCACGUUCCACUGAGGGUCUACGUCGACAGCUGUGUGGCCACCGAGUUCCCCGACCCCAACUCUCAACCCAGAUACCCCUUCAUCAACAACCAUGGGUGUUUCAGUGAUGCUAAGCUGGCAGGAGCCAAGUCUUACUUCAUGCAGAGGAGCCAGGAGGAUAAACUUCAUCUCCAGCUGGAAGCCUUCAAGUUCCCCCAUAAUCACGGGAAUUCACUGUACAUCACAUGUCACCUGAAGGCAACAAAAGUCUCCGUUCCCAUCGACUCGCAACACAAAGCGUGUUCAUUCUUGACUGAAGCAAACAGAUGGGUAGCAUCAGGUGGAGAUAAUAAGGUGUGUGACUGCUGUGAGACCAGCUGCAAGAGACAGAAAAGAAGCCUUGGGGCAGAUGCUGAUCUGCAGUGGGAGGGGACGGCGGCUCUGGGCCCCAUCCUGCUGGAGGGGCUGACUGCACUGUCCGAGCUCCAAAUGCAUGAAGUGAUUCGAGAAGGAGCCUCCUAUUCGUCAAUGCCGUUGCUGUGUGGAGUGGGUGCAGCGCUGGCUUUGGUGCUGCUAGUUUUCACGGCUGCUAUCAUUUGCAGCAGACGAUACAAACCCACUGGACACUUUGUUUGUACCUGAUUUAAGACAA